UAGUGGAAUUAGUGAGAUUAAAAAAUAUCAAAACUUGGCCAAGGCCAUUUAGAAAAGUGUGCUACAAAUGUGGAUGUGUUAAACCGAAAACUGGAUAUCAUGAUUCAGUUCGUACGCUCGUUCGUUCAUCGUACAGCUAGCUAGCUUGCGCGCGACUUGUUUAGCAGCAGUGUGCUGUGUGCUGCCUGUGGUCGACCCAGCGACCCAGUAGAGCAACAGAAGUCGUAUUUCCGUGUGGCGUUGGUCAACACAAACAAUUAAAAUCGUGCACGCGCGUCUGGUGGUUCAAAAUGAAAAUGCUUCCCGUACAGCUGUCGUUGAAUCCGCCGCUCGGCCUCUGGAGUGAUAUGUUGUGGCGUUGCCCACCGGCGCCCUCAAGCCAAUUGGCCGAAUUGAAGACACAACUACCGCCAUCAUUGCCAUCCGAUCCACGUUUGUGGGGUCGCGAAGAUGUCACAGUGUUUUUGCGUUUCUGCGAGCGCGAAUUCGACUUGCCCAAAGUGGAUCAUGAUCUCUUCCAAAUGAACGGCAAAGCGCUUUGUCUACUCACACGCGCCGACUUCGGUCACCGUUGUCCGGGCGCAGGCGAUGUGCUGCACAACGUACUGCAAAUGCUCAUCAUCGAGUCGCACAUGAUGCAAUGGCACUUGCCUAACAGUCCCGUCACACCUACCAGCCGCUACCCGCUCUCGCCGCAUAGCCAUCCGCCGACGCCAACUUGGCCGCCCAUCGGCGCGCCGCCAGACAGUCCCUUCCAUAAUGCGCACAUGCAUCACUUCAUGGCGCCCAAUUCGGUCACACUCAGCCCGCCACCAUCGGUGGAUUCGCAAGCCAGCAGCCCGCCACAGAGUCAAGAACAAAAUUUGGCUGCAGCAGCAGCAGCUGCCGCCGCGGCCGCCGCUGUCGCUUCUUCGUCUUCGGUGAGCACAAGCAGCAGCAGCAGUAGUAGCACCAGCAGUGGAAGCAGCAAUAGUGGCGCUGGUGGGUUGGGUGCCAGCAAUAGCAACGCUAUGAGCGUAAGCGGCAACCUUGUGCCACCCGCCAUCUCGGUGACCAUGAGCGCUGGCAACGGCUACUCUGCGCACCAUGCGACGACGGCCAGUACUGGCGCUAGCAGCAAUCAGUCCGAUUCCGAUGAAGAGGGCAGUUACGCAGACUUGGCAGCGGCCAAUAGCUUGGCUAAGAGUGGCGCCGCAGCAGCCGUGGUGGCCGCGCACUAUGGCGCCAGUCCGCCGACCACACCCAUUCUAAAGGACAUGCCGCAGAGUUUGUCGCAGCAGAUUACCAACAGCUUUGUGAAUUCGUGGUCGCAGAGCCAAGCAGCGCAGGUGGCCAUGGGACAGAAGUAUCAGCCGAAUGGGGGCGCUGGCGGUUCGGUCUCGGCGCCGACGACGCCCAGCUAUAUGCAGCCUGUGAAGCGUGAAUUCUUUCCGGAAACAACGGAACCAAAUACAAGUAAGUGA